UUUCUAAGACUUGGAUACAAAGCCACAAGUCCUCUUUAAAAGACCAACAUUCCCUCUCCACCAACAGUAAUCCAACCCUAAGACAAUCUCUCUUUGUCUCUUCUAUUUUUGUCCGUAUUUAUUACCUCGAGUUUUUGGCUAAAAUUUCCAAUCGCAUUUAUUUAACAUUCUCCUCAGUUUCUAAAACUCCCCUUGCCGGGUCUCCAAGGGGCCAAGAAAGUACUGUUUUCUGGCUUCGCGGAGUCUCAUCAUUCUCUGUUUUCACGCUUACUUCAUCCACACGCAAACUCAAACUCAAAUCCAAACCUAACCCUAUUCCUAAAAAUGAAUACCACGGAACUCAAACGUGUGUUCCAAAUAUUCGACAAGGACGGAGACGGACGGAUCACUAAGAAGGAGCUAAACGAUUCAUUGAAAAAUCUCGGGAUCAUAAUACCAGAAAAGGAGCUCGGGCAGAUGAUCGACAAGAUCGAUGUGAACGGCGAUGGUUGUGUCGACAUUGAAGAGUUUGGAGAGCUUUACAAGACGAUAAUGGUGGAAGACGAGGACGAGAUAGGAGAAGAAGAUAUGAAGGAAGCGUUCAACGUUUUCGAUAAGAAUGGAGAUGGGUUUAUUACAGUGGAUGAACUGAAAGCGGUUUUGUCUUCCUUGGGACUCAAGCAAGGUAAAACCUUGGAGGAAUGUAGGAAGAUGAUAAUACAAGUGGAUGUUGAUGGUGAUGGUAGAGUUGAUUACACGGAGUUUAGACAAAUGAUGAAGAAGGGUCGGUUUUUUAGCUCUUUGAGCUGAUAAUUAAUGAUCUUUUUUUCUUACUUUGGUUUAUUUUAUUUUUUUGAUUAACCAUUUUUCUCUCGCAUUCUAGAAGGAAAAAUCACAUGAUUGGUAAAUGAAGUGUUUAAUAGUCAAAGAUUUACGAGAGCACGUUGUAAAAAUUGUAGACCUGUUUGUUUAUUAAUUAAUUAUAAUGUGAUUGUGAUGCUU